GUGAGGAGGAGGAAAAGGAAAAGGGAAGGGAAUCGUUGUCAUCGAGUCCAGGGUUGAAGAUUGGACGCCGUCGGCAGCGGUAAUAAACUGUCCUCUGUCUAGUCGGCUUAUUUGAAAGAGUAUUCCCGUCGCUCUACGAUCAGGUUCCAUGUCUCUGGCGAGGUAAACUGCAAAACCCUGAGCAGGCGGGAGUGGGAUCUCCAGUGAGGAACAGGCGGCAGCCACAGCACCCGCGGAUGCUGGGUAAACCGGGCGGCUCGGCGCGCAAUGGCUUCCUCCAACAGUCAGUCGGAUUGUGGGUCGAGUCCUGUGUGUGGGCCUCGUAUUUCUUGUCCAUGUUCUCCUACAGGUAGUUAUACUUGUGCAAGCCGUGACUGCCCAUACACACGUACCGCCAUCAACGAUGAGUCGACGGCGGAGGGAGACCACAAACAGCAAAAGCCAAUCCACGACUCGCAGUCUAGGGAAGAUUGCGGGUGUCGUUAUUCUCCGUCGUCCGAUGUAAGUGAUUCCCACAACCGCAAGCGGAACACUCUUUCUUCUUCCCCUUCUGUUGCCCUCUCUCCUCCUCCUCCUCCUCCUCCCCCUCCUCCUCGAUCUGCUGUUCCUCCUCUCUCCCCUCCGCCUGCGCCUCUCCCUUCCCCCCCUGCUGCUGCCGUCUUUAUUUCUCCUCUCGCUGCAGCUGCUGCAGCCGAGCCUCCUGCUCAUGGUGCGUCUUGCUCUGCUCUCCGACAAACAGUAGGAGAUAGAGGAGAAAGGGGAGCAGGAGGUUGUCAAGCACAGGGUCCUCUCGCCGUCAGUUCCUCAGCCGUCCCCACCACUCCCGCUGCAGGUUCUAUAGCAGCAGCAGCAGCGGAAGCGGAAACAUCCAGUGCCGAAGCUCCCUCGUGUGCUCCUGGAUGUGAAGGUAGUGGAGGAGAGGGUGGUGGUCCCCCGAUUCGCACUUGCACGACGGUAGUUGCUGCUUCUCCCGCUGCAGCUGCUUCUGCAUCGUCGACAGCAACCCCUUGGAAUCCCCUCCCCCUCUCUCCCACUGUAGGUGGAGGACGGGCUCUAGGUCGGAGAGCCGGAGGUCCACAGUGUAGUUGUCCUCCUGUCGACCCAGCCUCUCAAGCGGGGGGGGAGGGGGGUGGUUCCCCCGCUGCUUCACGUCUUCUUCCAGCGCCAGCUGCAACAGAAGCAGCAAGUGCUCGGGCACUUACCUCUUUCUCUGCCUGCAGUGAAAGCAGUCACGCUGCGGGGCGAGGAGGAGGAGGAAGAGAAGGAGUAGUCGUAGUAGUAGGAGGUGGUGGUCUCCCUGUCUACCCUCCUAUUGCUCAUCACCGUGCUGCGCCUUAUUCUCUGCCUCGCGAUCCAUCUGUGUUGAGGAGUUCGGGCGUCGACGAGCCUCCUUCCAGCCCCAAUCAUCGAGCUAUUAUGGAGGCGAAUGGCAUCAACUGCAUGCUGCCCGACAGCGCAUUGUCAGACAUAUUCGACAAGCUGUCCUUGCGCGAUCGGAACGCGUGUCGUCAGGUGUGUAAGCGGUGGUUCGUGGUGGAGUCCAGCUCGCGCCGCGUGCUCAAGUUGCGCCGCUGCCCCGCCUCUCUGGGAGCCGACUACUCUCGUCGGUUUAGAAUCCUCUUGAAAAGGUUUCAGAAUGUGCAAAGCCUGUCGAUCAACGAAUUGAGGGGGAAUGCUGGGGACGCGUGUUUAACGGAAGAAGCUUUGGCGAUGCUAGGAACGGCGUUGCCGCGGCUGGACGAGCUGCAGCUGGUGCUAUGCGGGGAUAUAAGGCGAGAGGCGUGGGGUUAUCUAUCGAAACUGACGGCUCUGCGGGACUUGCGCAUCGCGAGCGACUUCUUGCAGAAGAGCGGCGCCAGUGGCGCCGACGCUUCCCAUCCAUCAGCACAACCUUACCAGCUUGCCUCGCCCGACUCUUCGGCGGUCAGCCGGGGAAAGCGCGCCGCGCCGGCGGCAGCACUUCAGCGGCACGAGCAGCAGCAGCAACAGCAGUUCGCUCGGCGUGGGGGGGACCACCUCGACGUAGACCGUAGAUUGGAGGCGCUUGGAGACGAGUACCAUUACAAUGCCAUUCUUCUUUAUCAACCACAAUAUCAUCAUCAUCAACAUCAACAUCAUGCUUACGCUCCACAUCCUCCUCCUCCUCCUCCUACUCGAGUUGAAAUGCUGCUGCAGCAGCAGUGGCGCCAUCUUCAGCCGCAGCAGCAGCAUCAGCGCUGGGAACGGCAGCAAGAAGAAAAAAGAAGAAGCGGCGGCGGGCCGGCGGCGGCGGCGGCGUCGGUGACGAAUGCGGAGGCGGAGUCCGUUGGGGGGGGAAGGGCGGGAUUCUUCGGCUGGGAUCGCGAUCCGAGGGAUCGGUUGGGUCUCGCCAAGAUUCUCCCCAGCCUGCACCGGCUUCAGCAGCUGGAUUUGGGCGUUUGUCGUCACGCGAACGACACCUGGUUGUCCAUCAUAGCGCUGCAUUGCGCCGUUCUGGAGUCCCUCAGUCUGUCGAAUCAGACUGUGCGGCAGGGCAACGGCGAUGAUCUGGAUCUGGUCGAUUCCGGCAACGCGAUAACCGACAAAGGGAUGGCGGAGUUGGGCCGCGGGUGCCCGCGGCUCAAGUCUCUCUCUCUGAUCGGCUUCUUCGAGGGGGUGAGCGCUGUGGGGAUGAUUAAGUGCCUUCGACGGCGAUCAUCCACGUUCGAGAGGUUGCGGCUAGACCAUUGUAUGCAUCUUGUGGCCCCCGCACUGCGCGCCAUUGUCGACAACGGCCUCAGGGAAAUGAAGGAGCUGCACAUCGAGAACGAGAGCGUCAGCCAUGAGGAUUUCCCCUUGCUCUCGCGCGCGGAACUGGACGGAUUGGCUGCCACGUGUCAAAAGCUGGAGACUUUGAAUCUGAACAGCGUUGAAUACGAUCAGCCGGGUCUUGCGACCCUCCUCCGCUCCUGCGCGAACCUCCGCUUUCUGCACUUGGUCAAUUGCUGCACGUCGCUGCUGGAACCGCUGACCAUCUUCAGCUCCUCCUCGACUUGCGCCCAGAUCACCGAACUCGACCUCACGGGCAACAUGCAGGUGGAGGAUGCUCUCCUGAAGGACAUCGGCGCCAACUGCCCCUCCUUGACCAAAUUCCACUGUCAGAAUCCGGGCAAUCCGCUGACGUCAGACGCCAUAGCUUACCUAGCUUCGGGCUGCCGCCGCCUCACGCACCUCCAGCUCGACUACCAAGGCAAUUGCGACGGCGGCCUGACCGCCAUCGGGAGCUUUUGCAGAGAUCUCGUGGAACUCAAGCUCUCUGCCGAUCCCAUCGACGUGAACCCCGACGGGGUGGACAUCGAAUUCACCACGGCGAGCGAUGUCACGGACGUCGGCCUGAGCGCAUUGGCGCGCGGCUGCCGACACCUCGAGGUCUUGGAGAUCUCCGAGUGUCCCAAUCUCACGGGCGCUAGCUUCCGCGCCAUCGCGCAAGGCUGCCCGAAGCUGCGCGGGCUUGCGCUCGACCCCGGGAACCACCAUCGCUUCAAUCCCAACUGGAACAAGGGCCUGAUCUGCCUAGCCAGUCACUGCCCGAGCCUCACGAGCUUGUCCAUCAGCAAGUGUUACGUGGGAUGGACGGCGCUCAAGGAGGUGGCCAAGCAUUGCCGCCAGCUGAAGACGCUGAGCUUGGUAGAGUGCCGUGGGGUCGAUGACCAAGCCAUGUGUGAACUUGGCCGAUACGCGCGGGCUUUGACACAGCUCAUCAUGUCGAACAGUAGGGUGACGUCAGACGGAAUGCGCGCUGUGGAGAAGGGAUGCACGGAGCUCCGGGAGCUGAGUGUCAAGCUUCGAAGGAAGGCGGAGAUGGACGAAGAGAGGUGCACCGUCAACUUUGAUUGGUUCCGCGUUGAUCGACUCAUCGAUACGAUUCAAACCUAUCUCCAAUCGAAUGUUCUGGAAGAUUGGGGAAUCAUGGGGUGAAGGGAGGAGUCAUGGAAAGAGGGAUGAGCGUCAGAAAGGCCAUGCGAUAAAGUUAAUACUGUAAGUUGGUGGUAGUGUAGUGGUUCGAUUGCCAAGAAGAUUGUGUCUUUGAUUACUUUGCAAGACCUUGCGGCUUUGUUUCUUAGGUUGCGAUAGGCUCUACUGUGCUGCAGAGAGCAGCUGCAGCAAACGUUUGCGACAGUAAGUAGUAUUCUUUUCUAUUCCCUGAAAGACGGCGAACGUCGGAGGUGGCGUCGCAGCGGCGGCGAUGGCAGCGGCAGAGGCAGCGGCUCACGAUUGGAACCAUGUCCGUGGGGACAGCGCUUCUUGCAAGCUGGGAGUUGUUGCUUUGUUGUUGGCAUACGUUCUCGAAUCUGAUGAGAGAUGAAAGGUAUUGAUCAAUUGAUUGAUUGAUUGAUUGAUCGAUGAGAACGAUGUGUUGGAAAUGCAGGCGGCGGUUGUGGUGGUGGAUUUGGGUGGAUGGGCGGGGGGAGGGAGGUAAGCCGGCGCCCGUGUGGCGUGCCAUCGAGAUUGGUUGGUGGGGUGUGCUGCUACUGUCAUGAAUGGAUGACCCGGGAAAUUAUCAUCGUCGGAAGAGAUUUGUCGUUACGAAUGAAUAAUACUGUAAUUGGACAGUCAUUGAGUGGAUUCCUUGCCUUGCCUGAAUUGAUUGAUUGAUUGAUUGAUUGAUUGAUUGAUUGAUUGAUUGAUUGAUUUGAUUAAUUGAUUGAUUGAUUGAUUGAUUGAUUUGAUUAAUUGAUUGAUUGAUUGAUUGGUUGAUUGAUUGAUCUCAUCUUUGUGUGGGGUGGUUUUGAAGCCCACACGUACGCAUACGCAUGCCAAAUCGUCGCCCGCGCGCUCCAUCGGCGACGUUGGGUUCCGGCAGCACUUCUCUUGCUUUCCUCUGUUUGUGUUUUCUCUAAUGCCAUGAUGCCCAAACUACUGUUUUUCUUGCUCAUUGCGGUCUCUGAAUCGUUGUACAACUGACGAUGGCUUGGUUAACUGCGGUUCCAACCAUUGUGUUUCCUGCUAAAUGCGGUCUCUGGUGCGUUGGACAAUGACGAUGGGUUGGAUCUGGAAGGAGUGAUUACACUAACAUAACAAUGUAAUCUAUUUAUAUACUAAGAGGUGGUGGCGCGCGAUGAGCGAGCGGCAGGUGCGCUAUCGCGGCUGCCGCUCUGAUCACUGUACACUGUUGUGCUCUCUCUACACCUCUUUCUCUCUCUUUUCACUCCUAAAAUUCUUUCCCGAUCUUCGCUGUCUUGUUGACAUCGUUCAUUCGAUCGACUGCAACUGCGCGACAGCAGUGCAAAGUGGGAGGGAGGAGGAAUGAAUGUGCUCGUUGGAG